UGCUGUGUGAACUGCACCACUGAAGAAGUUGACCAAAAGAUGUUACUGUGUAUUGUACCAGCUAGCGCUUUUCUGUAAAACCUUCAAGAUUAUGAGAAUCAGUAGUGUACUGAAAUAAAUCAGGCUAUAUUUUGCCUAUAGACUAGACCCUCUCUAGACUAGCCUAUGUUAUAUUAUACAGAGCAGCAAUAAUUGUGCAAAAUAGUUAUCACGCUCAGGCAAGCAUGGGCGUGCGCGCACGCACAUUCUGUAUCUCGAGUACGGCUGAUAAUGAAACUGUUUCAUAGAGGGAGAAAACCUCCUGUAACCUGUUAUCGAAACGACUUUGGUCUCCUUCAAAAGUCCAGUUUGUGGUGCAUCAUUAUUAAAGGUAUAAAAAGACACAUGGAAAACCUCAAAUGGAAAGGACUAGGAAUAUUAUUUCUUAUGAAUGUUAUUGUCAUUCUGAUAUGGACCUACACAAGCUGGCAUCCUCAGUUCAUACGGAUUUCUUCAUUUUAUUAUAAACAGAAGACCCCAGUGUCUUUAAAUUCAAUAACGCCCAUCAAAGACUCAAAACACUUCAUGGUGUCUGCAUUCAUCGACCACAGAAUUGAUGGGACGAUUCGAGUCAUCAGCAUAAUCCACAGAGAAAGUCUUCAGCCACUUUACUGCGUUUACUGCAAUACUGAACAUGACUGUACAACUGUUGAGACUGAUGUCCAAAUACACAGUGACCAUUUUGGGUUCCCAUUUCAUGUGUCGGAUGUGAUCUGUAAAGGUAAACACUUGCAGAAUGCAACACAUGUCCUCAUCUCAACUAAUGAUUCAGUCAAUCAUACUACAGAAUUUAUACCAAUAAGAAAUCGUGUUACGAGUGAGACCUUCAAGUAUAACUUCACAGUUUGCAUCUCCAACCUUUUUGGUGACUACAACAAUGUGCUGCAGUUUGCUCAAACUAUAGAGAUGUACAAGCUUCUGGGCGUUCAGCGAGUGGUCAUCUAUAACACUAGCUGUGGACCGGACCUGGAAAAACUUUUAAAGCAUUAUGAAAGAGAGGGAAUACUGGAGAUUGUUUCAUGGCCAAUUGACAAGUUUCUCAAUCCAUCUUCAGGUUGGAAUUUUCAGGAACACAAGGGUGACCUUCAUUACUACGGUCAGUUGACAACACUUAAUGAGUGCGUUUACAGACACAUGUAUCAAUCUAAGUAUGUUCUCCUGAAUGACAUCGAUGAGAUCAUCAUGCCUUAUGAAUAUGACAAUUUACCAUCUCUUAUGGAAAACCUUCAAGCUGCAUAUCCAAGUGUGGGUGUGUUUCUUAUCGAGAACCACAUAUUCCCCAAAACACAGUUUGAUGACAGUGGUCGCUUCAAACGGCAAGAAUGGAGUAAAAUUCCUGGUAUCAAUAUCAUGGAGCACAUUUACAGAGAACCUGACCGAAAAAAUGUUUUCAAUCCCACAAAGAUGAUUAUUAAUCCAAGGUUGGAGGAGCAAACCUCAGUGCAUUCCUCUUUAAAACACUUCGGAGGUUCUUACCGUGUCCCAUUUGAUGUUUGUAGGAUUGUACAUGUGAGAGUCCCACUGCAGGGCCAUCUUACCAAAGAUCAGCUGAAUGUGGACAAAAGAUUGUGGGACUUUGAACAAGAACUGCUACCAAAUGUUGACAAUGCACUGAAGCUUUCUGGUUUGUUAACGCCUUAGUUACAGCUGACAUCAUUGUAUUUUAAAAAAAUUAUUAUGCUUCAUUCUGGAUAUAGACUUAAAACAUGGACAUGCAAACAAAAUCAGUGGUUAAAUCCAACUUUUAACUUUUUCUUUUUCAAAGGGGGUGGAGAUGGCACAGUGGAUAAGACACUCGCCUUUGGUGUGAGAGACCCGGGUUGGAAUCCACUGUGACACAUCAUUGUGUCCCUGAGCAAGACACUUAACCCUUAGUUGCUCCAGAGGCGUGUGACCUCUGACAUAUAUAGCAAUUGUAAGUCGCUUUGGAUAAAAGCGUCAGCUAAAUGAAUAAGUAAAGUAAAGGCUUUUAUCGAAAACUAAACCAUUUUAUUGGCCAGAGAUAUUGAGUAAGCAAUUUCCGCUUUACAAAGAACUAUUGUAAUUCGCUCUAGCUUGGAAUUGAUACAGUAGCAAAGCACUGGCAUGCUUGCAAAACAAACAAAAUGUUGCAGCCAGAAUGAUUAAGUAAAACUGACCUCUAUUGAGAUCCUUAAAUAAGCUGUCCAUCCAGUACAGAGUAAAUUUAAAAAUUUUGGUUCUUGUUUUUAAAGCCCUACACAAUUAGCACCACCGUAGAUCGGAAAACCAAAACCUUCUUGUAUUUGUAAGAACAAAUUACAAACAAAAAGGUGACAGAGAAUUCUCCCAAGUCAGUUCUAAACUUUGGAAUGACCUUCUGCCCCCUGUUAAAUCAGCAAAAUCUUUGGCUGUUUUUAAGGCUCUUUAAAAACUGAUUUACUAAAUGCAUUAUGGGGUUAGUCUGUGGGGACUGGACCUGUUGUAAGUGGUAGGUUAGUUUCUUUUUUUUACGUUUAAUUUAAACAAACCAGUCAGUUUUCUUGAGACUUGAUUGUAUUGUAUUGUCACACUGAUAUUUGUAUUUAACUUGUAAACUUUGUUUAUUGUUCCAAGUAAAUAAAAAGGUGAAGCAGAAUA